UCUGGGAAGGGACUUAAGCCUCCUUGAGAAAGGAAGGGUGAAGGGGAUGCAGGGGGCGCUCAAUCCGGCGUGCCACAAGUUCAGAAAUUGUGAAAAGAAAUCAUAUAGGUACAAUCCUGGGGCAUUGCGUUUCUCACUUUAUCGGAUCCCAGGCACACCACUCCCAGCUAACACCCAACGACAACCAAUUUUAUAUACUGUUUUUAGUUUUGAUUUGUGACAUUUAAUGAAAGUAUGCAGCAAGGCUUCUUAUAAAAGCUGAUCGACGUACGCUGAAAUAAAACCCCGUUACCGCAGGAUGUUUCUGACCCUGUCAUAGGAUUCCUGGUCCACCGGUCGGUGCAUCCCCGGCGGUGCAGCGCGGACGCGCCAGGACACACAGUGCCUGUCUAGCCAAAGCGUUUCAAGAAGGAAGUAAUAGUGCAGUCCUAGGUUAUUCUCCAACCUUGUGCUGGCCUUUUGAUUUUUCUCCCAUUCUCCAGUCCUGGAGGAGGGGGCAGAAGGCAAAUUCCCCCGGGACGUAAACGCUUGGAUUAUCGAGAAAUAGCAACAGAGGAAGGAGUUGCGGUGGUAGAAAAGAGGGAGAAAAAGGUGUUUGUGGACAGAGCGCUAGAUCUGUCCCCCUACCUGUUAGCAGAGAACAAAAGAGGGCUGGCGUUUCCCAGAGCGAAACGCCGCGGACAGCUACUUUCUCUGCUAAACAAACUGCAGUCCUGAGCAGAACAAGAAAAUUACUCAAGGGAAGCGAGGGAACAGAGAGAAACAACCUAGAUUAUGCGGAAGGCAUCUUAAUUUAAUUAACUCCUUGAGAAGGCAGAGGCGCUGCACAGGGGCAGGAACUUCGCGGCGCUGUUCUCUGUUCACCCGAUCUAGUCGGGCCAUUUUUAUUUAUUUAUUUUUAAAUGAUCUCCUUAAAUCCACUUGGACUAUAGCUCUCUGAUUUAUGUAAAAUUCCACUGUGGCUUGAGCUGAAAUUCAGCGAGCAUAUUUAUCUAUCAGUUAUUUCUCUCAGACAACAACACACAGGUUUUAGUAGAUGACCCUUGACUACUGUAUAUUAGUUUUAGAUAAUUCAGUGUAAUAACACUGUUACCAAAAAGCAAGACUCCUGAUCAAAUUACUGCAUACUUUUCUUUUCUCCAACGUUUUGAAAGCUUCAUUGAACUUAGUAUGUACACAUCUCACUUGUUGACAGCCAGUGAACUAAAUUUUACAAAACUUAGUACAUGCCUGGAAAUUCCUGUGAAGAAGGCUGAUGAAAGCUAGCCUCAGCUCCACUGAAAUACUUAUGUCUUUUCAUUGGUUUAAGUUUCUUUCCUUGCAAAAUUAAAAAUAACCAAUGGUCCGAGAAAUGGUAUGAUAGAGAAAUGACAGCAAACGAUGAUAGCUGUUAUUGCCUGAAACAGUGUGCGAGAACUACAUGCUCAACUCCAGAUAAAACGAAAGUACUUUAGAUCUCUGCAUUGACUUAAAAUACCUUUUGACAUAUAUUUCCAGCAACUCAGGGGGAGAGUGGAAAUUUAAAUUCUCUAUUUGUGGCAAAAGUGUUUGGUGGAUAUUUAGGGUUGUUCUGUUUGUAAAAGGGUUUCAGAAGUCACCAGUGGUCUGCUCUUCUGUGAAGAAAUGAUUUGUCCUGCAAAUUAAAAUGAACAUACUAUGAAACAGCACUUUUGUGCCACCAUGAAGCUGAAUUAACAUUAACAGAGCCAAUUUUUAUGUUAUAAACCAUUGGGCGAAAAGGGAAAGAAGAUGGCACUGAACUUUAUGCUGGAAGAAUUAACGUUUAACCUUUAUGGCAGAGUUCACUUCACGCAUUUGGAAUUGAAACCACAAGUCCUGGUAGUCUUUCAGUUGACAACCCCCCCCCCCCAACCACACACACACCAUACACACAUAUACUCACGUAGAACAUAGUAGGAGUUGUACUUGCCUCCUGUAUUUAUUUCUGAGAAAUCUAGUCUGGGAAUACACCCAAAUAAUAAUUUUAGUUUCUCCUCUAUAGCAGAGUCUACUUUUUAACACUAGGGGGAAAAUAGUAUUUUGAAUCUGGAAAAUCCUCAUUAUGUAAAAAGAAGGAAAUAAAGAUAUAAUUUAUGAUUUUUAAUGGGAGAGGAAAUAAUGAGGUAGAUUACCAGAGAUGUUAGUAGAAUCCUUUUUUUUUUCACUAUCUCUCUAGGACAGGGCUUGAGGGAUUCCCAUUGAACAAAAACGAAUCCUGAUUUGUGGUGGGAAAGUUUAUUCCGAGUGGGGGUUUACAGUUUCGGUUGAAUAGUCUGACUGAGCCCCUCUGACUGUUACACACCUCUCAUUAACUCCGGGCCUGAGCUUCCAGACCGCAUUACACCAGGCAGAAACGGUUCAUUAAUAAAUCCCUGUCUCUGAGCCUUUCCAAACAGAGAAGGAGGGAGGGAAGGUGUGGGCCUCAGGGAGGCAGCCAGAUUUUGCCUUGCCAGAGCGCUGUGUCAUCAGUGGGGCCCCCUAAGUCUGCCCUCAGAGCCACUGGCAACACAAUACACUAGAUAAGAAAAUUCAGGCGCAGAAAGGGGUGUGUGGGGAGAAAGGCGGAACAAACUCCCCCAUCUUUCUGCGGAGUUCCAAAGCCAGGCACAAAAGAUGAUGUCUCAGGCGGCCUGUCUGCUCCUCAUCAGGGAAAGCGCUCUGCUAUUAGUCCCGCACCUGGGGAGCCGCCCUCAGAGGCAAGGCCCAGGCCCGCCGAGCGGCAGAACCCUCUGCUAUAAAGGGGCUGACAAGUGGGAGAAGGCAGGCCAACCCUGAAUGCAGGGUUUCUCUGCGUGCUGUUGUCUCUCUGGGUUUUCGCCGGAGCCCCACACCCACUCGCCUCUGAGAUCUGGAAGAAAGGGGCGGCUCUUUCCGCCCCACAGCACACCGGAGAAUGGGGAGCAAGGCCCUACCGGCGCCCAUCCCGCUCCACCCGUCGCUGCAGCUCACCAAUUACUCCUUCCUGCAGGCGGUGAACACCUUCCCCGCCGCAGUGGACCACCUGCAGGGCCUGUACGGUCUCAGCGCCGUGCAGACCAUGCACAUGAACCACUGGACGCUGGGGUACCCCAACGUGCACGAGAUCACCCGCUCCACCAUCACCGAGAUGGCGGCGGCGCAGGGCCUCGUGGACGCGCGCUUCCCCUUUCCGGCUCUGCCCUUUACAACCCACCUCUUCCACCCCAAGCAGGGAGCCAUUGCCCACGUUCUCCCAGCCCUGCACAAGGACCGGCCCCGUUUUGACUUUGCCAACUUGGCUGUGGCCGCCACACAAGAGGACCCCCCUAAAAUGGGAGAGCUGACCAAGCUGAGCCCGGGGCUGGGUAGCCCCAUCUCGGGCCUCAGUAAAUUGACUCCGGACAGAAAGCCCUCCCGAGGGAGGCUGCCUUCAAAAACAAAAAAAGAGUUUAUCUGCAAAUUUUGCGGCAGACACUUUACCAAAUCCUACAACUUGCUCAUACACGAGAGGACCCACACGGAUGAGAGGCCGUACACGUGUGACAUCUGCCACAAGGCCUUCCGGAGGCAAGAUCAUCUGCGGGAUCACAGGUAUAUUCAUUCCAAAGAAAAACCCUUCAAAUGUCAGGAGUGUGGGAAAGGAUUUUGUCAAUCUAGAACUCUAGCGGUUCACAAAACUUUACACAUGCAGGAAUCUCCACACAAAUGUCCCACAUGUGGAAGAACCUUUAAUCAGAGAAGUAAUCUGAAAACUCACCUUCUCACCCAUACAGACAUCAAGCCCUACAGCUGCGAGCAGUGCGGCAAAGUGUUCAGGCGAAACUGUGAUCUGCGGCGGCACAGCCUGACUCACACCCCGCGGCAGGACUUCUAGAGAAGCCCAGGAUCUGUCCCGUGCCGCCGCUGCUCCCCUCCCCAGACACCUCUCCACGCCUCCCACCCCGGGGUCCCACCCCCAACCCUUCACUGACCCCAGCUCUUCCCUUGCUGCAGCGCACCUGCAGCUCCAGGGAGUUUACUUCUGAGGACUGAGGACUGUAGUGGGCCACACACGUACAUCCCUUCACAAAGAGCAUAUGCUAGUUUCCUGUAGAUAUUCACAGCUCAUUUUAGAGCUCUGUACAUAAUGUCGUGGGUCUUUGUUUUAUUGUUUUGUUUUUGUUUGUUUUUGUAUCUUGUUGGAUGCACCUAAGUAUGGAAAAUGGAAGCCAAAUUUAUCUUUAAAGACUGUAUUUUCAAAAUAAAAGUUUUUCUUGUCUGUUUCAACA